AUGUUUGCCCUCUCCGAAGAGUCCAAGGAGCGCAUUGCCAAGCUCAUUGACGUUUCUCGCGUCGCCAUUCACUAUGGCUACCUUCCUCUGAUCCUCUACCUCGGCUACACCCGCAGCGAGCCUCGACCCUCGAUUAAACUUGUCCCCUACUAUAUGCCCGACUUCAACCAUGCGGGUCUCUCCCCCGCGGCCAUCGAGUCCAUCGCCGGCCUCAGCGCCGGUACCGUCGCGACGUUGGUAGUGCAUCCUCUUGACAUUGUCAAGACUCGCAUGCAAAUCUACCGCAGUUCUGCGUCUUCUGCCGUUCGCCCUACGACAGUCUCGCUCCUCCGCUCUUUAACGUCUAACCCCAGACCACUCGCCUCUCUCUACCGCGGUUUAACGCCCAACCUCGUCGGGAAUGCUUCCAGUUGGGCCUCCUUCUUCUUCUUCAAGUCGCGCUUCGAGCGCGCCCUCGCCACCUGGCACAGCCGACCCGACGGUCAUCCCUCGGCAGGAGACUACUUUGUCGCGAGCGCCUUGGCCGGCGCAUCGACGUCGGCGCUGACGAACCCCGUCUGGGUCCUCAAGACACGCAUGGUAUCCUCUGACCGCGGCGCACAUGGCGCAUACCCUUCCAUGAUCUCGGGCGCGCGCUCAAUCCUCAGCACCGAGGGCGUCCGAGGCCUGUACCGAGGGUUGGGCGUCUCGUUGAUAGGCGUGUCGCACGGGGCGGUGCAGUUCGCCGUGUACGAGCCGGCAAAGCGGUGGUACUACGCGCGGCGGCAGGAGAGGCACGGCGUCCCAAGAGACGCCCCCAUGACACCCGAGGCGACGGUCGUCCUUUCGAGCGCGGCAAAGCUCGUCGCCGGCGCCGUGACUUACCCUUACCAGGUGCUCCGGAGCCGGCUGCAGAACUAUGAGGCGGAUGAGAGGUUCGGACGGGGUAUUAGGGGUGUCGUGGUGAGGAUCUGGAAGGAGGACGGGUUGAGGGGGUUCUAUCGCGGGUUGAUGCCCGGGGUUGUGAGGGUUAUGCCUGCGACUUGGGUGACGUUUUUGGUGUAUGAGAAUGUCAAGUAUUACUUGCCGCGGUGGGUUUAA